AUGUUCACCAACAUGAUGUUUGCCGUUCUUGCUCUUGCAGGUGUAUCGACCGCCCAAUCGCUGCCCACAAAUUGCGAUAGGAACUAUACCAUUCACCUCGGCGAUACUUGCAACAUCAUCUCUGCUAACCUCAAUGUUUCCACCUACCAGCUUUCUGCCGUCAAUACUGGCAUUAUAAACACCAACUGUAGCAACUUAGCGGAGGGCGAGACGAUUUGUUUGGGCCUCACUGGUCAAGAUUGCAACACCACGCUUGUCGUACAAUCUGGAGAUACAUGCAGCACUAUUUCUACGAGCGUUGGAAUUCCUAUCAGCACCCUUCUCACCAACAACCCGAAUGUAAACCCGAUUUGCAACAACAUUUACCCGGGAGAGGUCUUGUGCACGGCUAGUCAGAUUUACGUGAAUCUAACCAACUCGCAGUAG